AUGCCUCCCAAAAAGAAGGCGCGCAGCAGCGUCUCGGCUGUCGCAACGCCAACGCCAGCUCGCGACGAAGAUGCUAUGGACGUUGACACACCGGCUGCUGAUACUCCCACAACGACCGUGCCUCCAGUCAAGCCUUCUUCAGACGAAUGGCCGAACAAUAUGUGGACAGAUGAUCAACUCUCAUCACUCUUCAAGGGAGUCAUCCGGUGGAAGCCCGCGGGUAUGCACAAGCACUUUCGAAUGAUUGCCAUCAGCGAACACCUACGAAAUCACGGCAUUGAUCCAGACUUUUUCACCCACACGCGCAUCCCGCACAUCUGGACAAAGUUGCGCACCUUCUAUGACCUUAAGACGAUAGAUCAGCGCGAGGACUUUUACGAUGCGCAAGAGGACGACAACUACGACGACCGCUUCAAGGAGUUCGCCCUACCCUACGACGCGUUUGACGACCUGAUGAUGGAACGCCGCCUGGCCAGCGGUAGCGAGCCCCCAACCUCGCCGCCCGAGCUCGACCUCACGCCACCCCCGCCAUCGCCCGGCGGCAACAGCAGAAGGAGGAAGCGCGCCUCCACUGUCACAAAAACCCGCGCCAGCACCGUUGAGGACACAGAAGACGGCGACACCGAGACUGCGUCGCCGCCGCCCAAGUCGGCCAGGAUAGCCCGGAUUCAGAAGCGGGUUGCCGGCAAGGCUAAGGCUGAAAAGGCCGAAAAGGUUGAGAAACCUGAAAAAUCUGACAAGGCUGGAAAGUCGGGCAAGACAGCAAAGCCUAAAAGGGGUAAAAAGGCUGGUAAACCCGGAAAGACCGAGUCGACAAACUCUGAAGAUGAAAACGACGAGAAGGAUGAUGACAGCAAGGGAGAUGAUGAAGAAGAAGAUGAUGAUGAAGGGGAGGAGGAACAAGAGGAAGAUGGGGGAGAAGAGGACGAGGACGAGGACGAGGAAAACGAUGAGGAAGGUAGCGACUCCGACGACUCCGGGGAAGAAGAUGGGGAGGAAGCAGAAGAAGAGGACGAAGAAGAGAGCGCCGAAGAUAGCGGGACUCCAGUGUCACGGCCGACCAGAGGGAAUGCUCGUGGCCGUGCUCGGGGCCGGGGUCGGGGCAGAGCAAGGGCACGAGGACGUUAG